AUGGCUUCACGCCGAUACCAACCGGGGGACCGGCUGCUAGGCAGGGAACCGCGGAACGCCCGGAAGCGAUGGGAGUCGGACGGGUAUGAAUACGACAUCUUUCCCCAACUCCCUCUGCCAGAGGCCCACCCUCCGAAGCGAUGGCGGUACCAGGAGCAAGACAGUCCGUCGUUGUCUGAGGCAAGCUGGGAAGCAGAAGACGCUUCGCGACGGCCUUCACAGCUCAAACAGGCAUCUUUCUGGAGCACGCCGAGCAGCCGCAAGCCCACAACUCUGAGGGGCUCUGCCGCAAGGUCGUCCGUGGCGCGUUCUGUCCACGCACAGCACGAGCCCUCGGAAUCUUCAAAGAGGGCAGACGUUCCCGAGGCGUCGACUUCGGGCGUCGGUCGCCGUCCCUCGACCCCGAGGAGUUUCGGCGCGAGGUCGUCAGCGGAACGACCUCGGCAGGUGGGACGAGAACCGUCUCCACAGUCUUCCGGGGACGACGAGGGGCCCGCGGUGUCUGCAUCCAGCGUCCAGCUACGUUCUGCAGUUCCCGAGGCGUCGGCUUCGGGUGCCGGGCGCCAUCCCGCGACCUCGAGGAGUUUCAGCGCGAAGUCGUCGGAGGAACGACCCCGGCAGGCGGAACAAGAACCAUCUCCGGAGUCUUCCAUGGACGACGAGGGGCCCCCGUUUUCUGCGUCCAGCGUCCAGCGCCAUUCAGCAGGAGCCAAACCCACGCCAGAAAGACGUCCGCCGACCCCGGCGCGCCAAGCUCCCGCACAGCCAUCGGCGGCGGCACGCCGAGCUCCAGAGCCACCGGCACCGGAGCCUUCGGCAUCAAAGGGACCCGGCAGGAGGCGAAAGUCUACCUCUCCCAGGAGGGGCAAUGGGAGGCCGAAGCUUCGUGCCCCACCUUGGCUGAAGAACAUCCGUCACCUCCAGAGGACCACGCGGCUCCUCAUUCCGCGGCUGUCGUUUCCGCGGGUGGUGACGGAGAUACUGCAGGGUUUGGCCCCCAGUCGCUCCGACCGCUACUACAUGCAGGGGCUCGCCUUGCUGGCGCUACAGGACGCGUCGGAAGACUUCGUGACGAACUUCCUGUCGGCGAGUUACCUGUGCUCCCUCCACGCCAAGAAAAAGACCCUGAUGAGGCCAGACAUGAUUUUCCUCCAGAACCUCCUCAAGGCCUUUGGCGCCACCCUCGCCACGGCCUUCUGAAGCCGCCCACUUCCUUCAGACGCCAACAAUGCUGUGUACAUAGCUUCGUUUCGCCGACAUUGUAAAUAGUUUUCUUCUCAUCGUUGCAUUUCCAACACUCUGUUCGCCCCCAAGCUGACAGUGCAGUGGAAGUUUGUCGCCACACUGUCGGCUCGGGGACGAAUGUGCAGUCGCGGGCCCAAGAGGCAGGAAAGCGCCGCCUCGCAGGUUCAAUCGCGUUCCGGUUUCUUGCGUCCGCCGUUGUGUGUGGACAAAGUCGUUCACUCGUGAACAUUCUCACUCUCUUCCUCGCGCCUUUUUAGUGUUUUAACUGUGAACUCGUGCUUUUUGCUUUUCAAUGACAAAGUUGCGUUUGCAACGUUAACGGACACGCGUACGGAAGUGUGCGACCCGCUCCACAUAAAGUUUUCUGCGGAUUGGUGUCGUAUUUGUCUGUUCUCGUAUUGCACCUAAAGUUUGGACACUUUUUCCUUUUUUUUUUUCUCGUGUAUUUCAGCAUAUGACUUUUAAUGUUUGUUUUUAUUUUCAAUAAAGUUGUUUGUCAUU